AUGGAGCUUUUCCAGCUCGAGCGGAAAGAACCAGGCGCGAUGCCACCUGCUGAUCGCCUCGUCUUGUUCGUUGGAGACGGGCUUCGCGCCGACAAGACAUUCCUUUCCUUCCCUGAACCGUAUCCCAAGUCAGAUGAAGAUCUCACCCCCGACCGCUUGCCCCGUUUUUGCGCUCCCGAUGAAGACUUCGAGGAUUUCUCCUCGGAUGCUACUGCUCUUGACUACUGGGUCUUCGACCACGUGAAGGAAUUCUUUGCCGAGGCUACCAGGAAUGAGACCCUGAAUGAGGCUCUUCGCCAGGAUAGGAUUGUCUUUUUCCUUCAUCUCCUUGGCCUCGAUACCGCGGGUCACUUCAAUCGUCCAUACUCCAAAGAAUACCUCCAUAAUCUACAGGUAGUAGAUGCUGGUGUAAAAGAAAUUGUGGAAUUAAUUGAGUCAUUCUAUCAAGAUGACCGAACCGCUUUCGUGUUCACGGCCGACCAUGGUAUGAGUGACUGGGGUAGUCAUGGAGAUGGCCACCCCGACAACACUCGUACGCCCCUCAUUGCUUGGGGCUCCGGAAUCGCCAAGCCCGUUGCAGUGCCCGAUGCGAUUGCGCCUGGCCAUGAUGACUUUUCGUCUGAAUGGGGGCUGGACCACAUCAAACGCCAUGACGUUAAUCAGGCGGACGUGGCAGCACUGAUGGCUUAUCUCAUAGGCGCCGAGUUUCCCGCCAACUCUGUUGGAGAGUUGCCCCUGUCAUACUUGUCAGCUGAUAUAAAGGAAAAGGCAGAGGCAUCUCUCCUCAAUGCGCGCGAGAUACUUGAGAUGUACCGAGUCAAGGAAGCGAAGAAGAAGGAAACCGAAUUGCGAUACAAGGCAUUCGAGCCCCUUGGCCAGCCGGAUCUUACUCCGUCCAAACGACUUACAUCUAUACAGAAGCUAAUUCUGGCGGGGCAGUACGAAGAGGCUAUUGAAGAAUCGGACUCCCUGAUGAAGCUUGGGUUACAAGGGUUUAGGUAUCUCCAGACGCAGGUAUUGUUUGGGCAUAUCCAGUCAGGUCCCGCACUGUUCUCUCUCUUCAUUAAUGCCACUCUUUACGUUGGAUUAAUUGUAUCCCUGGCCCUUGCUUAUAUCCAUCGCGAGAUUCUGACCGUACUCUAUCUCGUUGGAGUUCUGUGGCCUCUUGGUCACGGUAUCGGAUUCGUCCAAAAACAUGCUGUUCUCUCAGGAACGUGGAUGGUAUCCUGCCUUAUCAUGAGCACCUUUACGCUGUUUCCUGCCAUGAAGACGGAAAGCAUCCCAUUGAUCAUGGCGGGCGGUGUUCCAAUGGCUUUGAUUGGAAUCUUCUAUCUUGUUUUUGAGGAUGCUAUAUUGUCAGGCGUUUCAUCUCGCAAAUCGCGGUUACCGGGAACUCUCCAGGGCCAUGGAUUUGGCAGGAUUUUAAUAGGGAUCCAGGUCGGCUUUAUCAUACUCGCGAUGGUCGUUACACGCUCGAGCGCCUUGUCUCUCCAGGCCAAGCAAGGCCUUCCACGCGGCAAUCAAAUUGUUGGAUGGGUAGUUAUGGUCGGGGCAUUCGCCAUGCCACUCGCCUCCCGCACACGCACCAACAAACAUUAUCUUCACCGGUUGCUCGUCAUGUUUCUCACAUGUGCUCCAACGUUCAUCCUACUCACCAUCUCCUAUGAGGGCUUGUUCUACGUUGCAUUUUCGGUGACCCUUGUCUCGUGGGUGAGCCUGGAACACCGAAUCUAUGUUGACAGGGUUGCGGCCAGGGCCGCAGCACCCCGAAUCUCGAGUGGACCCACAACUAAGGGUAAAGCGAAGACGGGAUUCCGCCCCUAG